AUGUACAUCAUUCUCGUCUACGAUAUUCAAGUUGCGCGUGUCGCAAAGGUUUGUAAGUACCUCCGCCAACAUCUCAAUUGGAUCCAGAACUCGGUUUUUGAGGGACAGUUAACCAAAGCGCAGCUCGCACGCGUCAAGUCAGGGUUAGCAGCACUUACUAACCCUGAAUAUGACUCUAUCAUUAUUUAUCAAUUGCGGGAUGCACGCUGGAUGAAUAAAGAGGUUAUGGGAGUAGAUAAAAACCCCGCAACGAACCUACUCUAA